UCAGUUUCGACUGAACCGCGACCACAUGUUGUUGGCAACACAAAUCUUUCUCAGUGGUAUCCACAAUAUAAAAGUGAAUCCUGUGAAUCAAUUCAAUCGUGCGUUACUAAUAUAUUAUUAGCUACUGCUAUCGCACUCUAAAAUACUCAUUUAGACAUUCGAAAAAAACAAACACUGUAAACCUUGACAGUAGCAACAGGGCUGGUAAAAUUGCUCUGAUUGGCUUAAAUAAAACAAAAAGCGCCAAUUACUUACAGUGUGGAUAUGGGGAGAGGAGAAUACACCCGGAAAAAGACGAGAAAUAGAAAUCCAUCUAAAUCACAACUCCAAUUUGCGGAAAAAUGUAUCAAACAAAUUGAACCCGGAAAUAUCGAUUGGUUGAUCAAAAUGACGUGUCUUUCAUUUUUUUGCUACGUCUUUGACGUUGGUUGGGAUAUUCAUUUACUUCAUCGCUUUUGGAACCAAGGAGAUUAUUGGUAUUUCGGGUGGACCUUGGCGAUUGUAGUUGUGCCAAUUGUCGUCAUAACAAUUAAAAGUUUCUUAUUUUACAACAAUGAAUUUGAAAAAAACAACAAGCUUGACCCCAGACUCUAUUUGCCACAAGAAGAAAAUACAACUUCUAGCUGGUUAAUCAAGUGGGGCUUUGGUAUUGUAGGCUUUUGUCUUGUUCAGAGGUUUAUUGAUGUAAUUAAAUAUGCUCAUAAAGCGAAACCAUUGCCGGAAAAACUAAAAACGGACGACCAACAGAACAAGGAGGGCGAGCUGGACGAGAACAACAAGCAGAACAAGAUAUACAUGUAUCUCCCCGCUAUGAUUCGGGAAGACUCAGAGUUGGUACAACUGAGCCAAUUUGAUUCCUUCAUGGAAUCUGCCCCUCAGCUAUUGCUUAAUCUUUACAUACUACUGGUAAAAGACGAAUCUGACUCUAAAGGUGUUAGGGUGAUUAUUGGUCUCAUUUUCUCCAUCGUUAGCUUGGCAUUGGCGAUAGUUACUUACGAGCAAAAACUUUAUUUAGUCGAGGGAAUAAAACCCAAUGAGCAUGACAGUAUCUGAAAUGAUGAUGUCAUUAUAAAACGCUUUAACCAAACUUAUAGGAUAACAAGCGCCAUUUUUUUCUCUGCACAUUUGUGUUGGAUAGUUGCCCGACUCAUCGCCCUAAGUUUGUUCGCCUCUGUUUUCGGUUGGAUUGUUGUGCCGGUCUGCCUUGCCCACCUGAUCCCAAUUUUCGUUUUGCACCUGAAUAAAAAUUACAAUUUCAUGGCCUCGUUGAGAUUGUCAUUUCUCCACGUUUUCGCUUACUUGUACCCCGCAGAAAAGGAGUCUGAUAAAGAGAAACACCCACGAAUCUCACCAGUCAUGUACCAGACUAUCUGCAUUUGCGAGAAUCUGACUCUCAUGGUAAUGUGGAGCCAAAGUUUAAUCAAAUUCGACGAGGGGAUCAAUCCUGGAAUAUUAUCCAUCUCAUACUAUCCCUGGAGUGUUUGGACAUUCUUCGUUCCUUGGAUCAGCCAAAUUUUGACGUUUACUUUAAGUUUCAUUACGUUUUUGGUGCUAGAGAAAGUGCGAAAAGAAAAUCAACAGACACUUCCAACAACAGAUCCAGCUGUCCGAGAACAGGCUGCAUUAGCGAACCCCUACCAUUUCAGAUGGUGCUGGUGAUGUAUAUCACCGUCUCAGAACCAAGAAGACCAAUGUUAGAUUUGUUUCCCCUUUCAAGUAUGCAGCACUUGUUACUGUGCCUGUACCUUGCCUGUCUAUUAAUACACGGUCUUCAU